GAGAGCGAGAGAGAGAGAGAGAGAGAGAGAGAGACUGCUCGUGUCUGUUGUAUUUUCAUGCUAAUGAGUGAUGGCUCUAACGCUCGCUGUGCGUUGUGCCCGGAUUAACAGCACUGCUGUUGCUGCUGUGCGACCCUCGUUAUUAACGCAGUGGAGGCGGAAGAUGUUUUCCUUCAUGGUUCAGAGCCGUUAACCGGCGCUGCUGCUGCUCCUCAGCCCGGGCUCUGAGGUGUUUUCUCUCACUGAAGGCGGACUGUGAGCCGCUCUCUCGCUGAACACCAAGGGACUCCCUGAUGGGGAGCACAAGCUCCUGCUGCGCGUCCACGAGCCCCAAGCUCCGGAGCAGCGCGCGCUCCCGACCCGAGGAUUCACAAGAGGAGCCGGAGAAGAUCUGCGAGGAGCCGAGCUACAGCCUGCAGCACAUCAGCGACAGAGAGAACGGAGAAGAACUCAAUUUGGAGAGCAACCCUUCAGAUCAUCCACGAGCCAACACUUUAUUCCUCAGCAAGUCACAGACAGACAUUCAGGAUAAACGUAAGAGGCUGUAUGUAAAUCAUCAUCAUGGCACAAGCAGAAAGAGAUACAGUUCCUGUUCCACUAUCUAUCUGGAUGAUAACACAGUCAGCCAACCCAACCUCAAAUUCACCAUCAAGUGUGUCUCUUUGGCCAUUUAUUACCACAUAAAGAACAGGGAUCCGGAUGGCCAGUCACUGCUGGAUAUCUUUGAUGAGAAACUCCACCCACUAUCGAAGUGUGAGGUACCUGAAGACUAUGAUAAGCAGAACCCGGAGCAAAGGCACAUCUGUCGCUUCAUCAGAACACUGUUCAGCUCCGCUCAGCUAACUGCUGAAUGUGCCAUCGUAACACUGGUGUAUCUGGAGCGCUUGUUGACGUAUGCAGAGAUUGAUAUGUGUCCAGGGAACUGGAAGCGUAUUGUACUGGGGGCCAUCUUACUGGCCUCUAAAGUGUGGGAUGACCAGGCUGUGUGGAAUGUGGACUACUGUCAGAUCCUCAAAGACAUCACAGUAGAGGACAUGAAUGAGUUGGAACGAGAAUUCCUGGAGCUGCUGCAGUUCAAUAUUAACGUCCCGUCCAGCAUUUAUGCGAAGUAUUACUUUGACCUGCGUUUGCUAGCAGAAGCCAACAACCUCACCAACCCUACUGAAGCCCUCAGUAGAGAAAGAGCACUUAAACUGGAGGCAAUGUCUCGGCUGUAUGAGGAGUAUAAGAAUCUUAGCAAAACAUCACCCCAGCGUUCUGUCAGUGUUGACAACCUUACCAUGACGAGAUGGGUCCCAGCCAUUUUAUCAUAACACAAACAGACACAAAAAGGAAGAUAAAGAAAAAAAACGAAGUUUCUCAAUCUUCCCAUUUCCUCCAAACACUGUAGAUGAGCACUGGAGCUAUGAUGCUAAUGUAGCAAAAAAUUAAUGGAAACUUACACCAAUUAAUUAGCAUUAUAAAAUGCAUGCCUAUAUUAUCACGCACUUUCCUUAAACUACAUUGAGUUUUUAAGUAAUCUCAAAUAGACUUGUUAUGUGGUUUCUGACGGUGUUGCCAGAUUGGACAGGUUCCUGCCAAAUUGGACAGACUAUGAUUGGAUUUAGCAGGGGAAAAGCUCAGAAUUUGGGCUAGUUUGUCAUUAUUUUGGUGGGUUUUAAAAAAGUAUGUAAAAUCAAUAAACUGCAUUGCUAAAUAAUGCAGCUGAUAUGUGAUUAGGUUUUACUUCUCCCUACAUCCCAUCUGUUAUUCAUACUUUGACUGACAUACAUUUCAGUCACUCUUGUUGAGAGGAAGCCAUAGGCCGGCCCAUCUGUGUCAUUCACAGACAACUUCGGUGGUUAACAUACUCAGUUUAUUACUGAUGUAAUGGAUGCACGUAUGGGCCUAACACAGCAUAGAAUAUCCAGUUCACAUGGCAUUACUGACUAUACAUAGUUCUGCUAGAGCAGAAAAUUGGAACGGCCAGUGAUAUUUUGGCAUAGCCUUUAAAGGUAAGCAAGUUUUAAAAAUGUAUAUGAGGAAUAGUUAUGCUUGCAAUAUUAUUGCUAUUCAUUUGCCUUUCUGACUCCAUUGGAUUAUGGGUCCUACCAUAUACAACAUAAAAAAAUUUGAUACUCAUUAAUAAUGUGAUAACAUUGAUGAGUUUGUGCAUGCUCUGCAAGUUUUGGAAAUUAGAUGCACAUACAAAAUAAUUUAUUUUAUUAAAAUUACUUACAGCUUUUGUUGAGGUGUUUCUUAGAGUUUGACAGGGAUAUUAACAUGAUACUAAAAAGCUUUUGGCUCUUUGCAGCAGUGAUAAAAUAAAAGAUCAAUAGUGCCAUCUAGUGACAACUUAAUUUUUUUUUUUAACAUUUUCAAAGGCAACACAUGAUGCCAUGUCAAUGCUGUUUUACUUCAUAUUAUGUUUAAAUGACUUUUUAAUGUAUAAUUUUGUGCAGUUUAUCAUGCAUUUUGGUGGGUUUUAAACAUGUUUUGGCUGGAAACUAUAGAAGAAACCCUUUUUUCUGGAGCUGUACUGGGUGGAUAGAACACCAUUCAUCCAGAAGUGUUAGUGUUUUGAUGUUAGUGUUGGAGAGCUCUAUUUCACAUGUCUGUCCAAAAUCAUUAAUAGGUGUUCAGUUGGAUUAAGAUAUGGGGAUUGCAAAGUGCCAUAGCAUUUGAUUUCAUUAUAAGAUAAAGGUAAUAAGAUAACAUAACCUUGUAUUGGUUUGCAGUUACCCUUCCUCUAAAGAGACAAGUAGACCCAAACCAAGCUAGCAAAAUGCCCUGCACAGCAUAACAGGGGCACUAGACCCACUCGCUGUAGGGGUCAGGCAUUCAGGUAUUUUCACAGUGCACACCACACAUGCACUCGCCCAUUUGUGGAGAAUAUGGUAAACAAUGACUCAUCUGACCAUUUGACCGUUUUCCACAUCUCUGUUGACCAGUUACUGUGAUUUUUACAGCACUGAGCUCUGAAAUGUGCAUUCAUCUUUGUAAUGAGAGGUUUAUGAUCUGCAACUCUACUAUCAAAUCUCUAUCUAUGUAGUUCAUGCUGACACAGUCUGGUCAUGUCCUCCACUGAUAUUCUCAGUCACCUGGGAAAUAUUUUCUCUUUUGUUUGUUCUUAUCACAUAUCACACUACUGUAUGAGCAACAUGGUCAUUCAGUAUGUACUUUCAACCACAAUUUCCAAAGCCAUUUACUGAUGUUGUUCCCAUAGAUCUAAAUGCAAAUGUCAUGUAACAUUAUAAUGUUACCCAUCUGUAUAUUAGUCUCAUAGCUCCAGUGCAAAACUAGAAAAGGAAAUUUCAUACACCAAACACCUCUUGGCUGAUUUGACUACAUUUGAUUUGAAACCAAACUAUCACAUUAUUCAGCAGUACGGAAAGUCAGGAGAUCCACAGAACACAGGAUCAAGCAUCAGUGACUACUGAUGGAAGAUGUCUAUUUCUAGAUACAAAAAUAAUAGUACUAAUCAAAUGGCAACUGUCCUACUGGUUCCAGGACUAAAGACUCAGGUACUCCAGUACUAUGCCAUGGCCUGCCUCUCUGACCCUCUGGGUAGCAGGACUGGUCUUACAGUUUCAUAAGUCUCACAGAUUCAUAAGCUGCAAGUCCAUGGCAGUACAUUCACAGUAAUGUUAGUCCAGUGGUUUUCAAUCCUGAUCCUGGAGUACAACCACCCUGCAAGCUGUAGUGUUCUUCCUGCUCUAAAACAACCAGUUCAUAUCAGGAAGGGCUUAUUAAUUAGUUAAUUAUUUGUACCAGGUGAUUUAGGAGCUGGAGAUCCCUAAAAUGUGCAGGGCAGUGGUACUACAGGAGCAGGAUUGAGAACCACUGUAUUGGCCCAUGGUACACUGACCAAGCAUAUCAACCGCAAACAUUCUGAUGUUGAUUGUCCAGAAAAAAGACAAACCAAAUCAAUAAGUGUGAACUGGGGGAAAGAACAUUCCCACCAAUCACACACAGGGAUACUGCGUUAACUCAGCAUUUGUCUUUGUUGGUAUUCUGGAAUGUUCUAGAAUGGCAUCUAGAUUACACAGUGUUUUUACAUGAUCAGGGUGUCCUGUAUUCUCAAAUUAACUCCAAAAAUCCUUAGAUGUUUGGAAGCUUGACAAUUGAAUCAUGGAGAAAUCUUGGAAUAUGAAAGAUUUUUUAAUACCAUUGACAGCCUAUCCAAUAUUGUCCAACUAACCCAAAUAUGGUGUAUAGAACGAACCUGGGCUGUGACUGAAAUGGAUCCCUAUUCCCUCAUUACAGCAGUUACCACUGAUAAGCAGCAGGCAGUAAACAUGUUAGAACAGGGGCGUACAUUUCCGCAAAGGGCUGGUGUGACUGCAGGUUUUCAUUUAAUCAAAGCAGGAGCACAUAUAUUCAGUCAUUUCAAAACGGAUCAAUUGAUUAAGCAAGUGAAAUCCGGUGUGCACCUGUUUGCUUGGAAUGAAAAUGUGCAGCGACACCGGCACUUUGUGGAUAAGAUUGGACACCACAGUUAGGAUCUUUGUUGUUAUCUGUACAGAGCUGCUGUUUUCCACUUGAAAGUCAAGAAAGUCUGAUAAGUUUUGUUUUAAUGGCUCAGCGGCCACAGCUAAUGUUAGCUAAUAUUACGUUGCUAGGUAACAAGAGACUUACAAUGCCCACAAUAUUCAGAUGAUGUAAUAAUCUGCAGUGUUUCACUAGAAAUUACAUUACAAAGUGCAUUGUCAGAGAAUGUACUGCCUUCACAAUUACUUUGGAAUUCCAUUUACAAAUCAGAUACUAAGUGAAAAAUGCUAAUGCAUGUAAUUCCCAAAAAUGUAAAUCCCUUUCAGUCAUAGCCCCGGUGUAUUCUUUCUCUGAAUAUUCUAUAGUCAACGCCAGUGUUAAAAUGUUGAGGACUGGUGGGUUCAUGUGUUUUCGUACCCUUGGGAUUAUAGAACAGCUAUCAUAUACUAGAAUUAGUAUAUUGCGGCUGGGGGAGGCUUUGAAUUUUAGAGGAUCCAGUGCUGGGAUUAGGGGUAGGUUUUGGAGUCAUUGUGCUUUGUUGCCUUUGACAAUCUUUUAAGGUCUUAUCAGGGUAAUAGAUACAACUUGUAAAUAGAUAUUUACUAUGUUCAUCUUAAUGUCUUCUGCCAAAGACACUGGAAACCAACAAAAUGUCUAAUUUUGAAGCCUGGGAUAAAUCUUGUGUCUUACAGUAUUUAGGAAUAUGUAUUUUUUUUUUAUUUGUUACACAUUUAUUUAUUAUACACUUGAUCUGUUUUUGCAGGGAUAUGUACCAUAAGGAAUUCUUUUGUAAAAACAAAUGAACAAGAUUCUAAGUUGCCCUGAAAAUAUUACAUCUACUGUAUUGAUAUGUAUUUCUUUACUUUCUUUGUAAUAAAAGAAAUGCAAAGACUUUUAAA